ACGGCGGAGGCGGGAGUCGGGGGCGGUCGCCUCUCGGAGCUCAUCGGCGCGGCCGCCGGCGGGGCGCGGGCGGCGCUGCCAUGGCCCUGCCCGCCGGCCCUCUCAAGGUCUGCAUCGUGGGCUCGGGAAACUGGGGUUCUGCAGUUGCCAAAAUAGUAGGCAAUAAUGUAAAAAAAUUGCAGAAGUUUGCUUCCACGGUGAAGAUGUGGGUCUUCGAGGAGAAUAUUAAUGGGAGAAAACUGUCAGAUAUCAUAAAUAGAGAACAUGAAAAUGUAAAGUAUCUCCCUGGACACAAGCUGCCAGAUAAUGUGGUUGCUAUCCCAAACCUUAAUGAAGCUGUACAGGAUGCAGACUUGCUGGUUUUCGUCAUUCCUCAUCAGUUCAUUCAUAAAAUCUGCGAUGAAAUCACAGGGCGAGUACCCAAGAAAGCGCUCGGCAUAACUCUCAUAAAGGGAAUAGAUGAAGGCCCGGAGGGACUCAAACUGAUCUCUGACAUUAUUCGAGAGAAGAUGGGAAUAGACAUCAGUGUGCUGAUGGGAGCUAACCUUGCCAAUGAGGUGGCAGCAGAGAAAUUCUGUGAAACCACAAUAGGCAGCAAAAUCUUGGAAAAUGGCCUUCUCUUCAAAGAACUCCUGCAGACUCCAAACUUCCGAAUAACUGUAGUAGAUGAUGCAGAUACAGUUGAGCUUUGUGGUGCUCUGAAGAAUAUAGUAGCAGUAGGAGCUGGGUUCUGUGAUGGUCUUUGCUGCGGUGACAAUACCAAAGCUGCCAUUAUUCGCCUUGGCCUCAUGGAGAUGAUCGCCUUUGCCAGAAUAUUUUGCAAAGGACAGGUGUCUACUGCCACUUUCCUGGAGAGCUGUGGAGUUGCUGAUCUCAUCACAACGUGUUAUGGUGGCCGGAAUCGACGUGUAGCAGAAGCAUUUGUUAAAACUGGAAAGUCUAUUGAAGAAUUAGAGAAAGAAAUGUUGAAUGGUCAGAAACUGCAAGGACCACAGACUUCUGCAGAAGUGCAUCGCAUCCUGAAGCAGAAAGGAAUGCUGGAGCAGUUUCCGCUAUUCACGGCUGUGUAUCAAAUCUGCUACGAAGGGAGGCCUGUCAGGGAGAUGAUAACCUGCCUUCAAAGUCAUCCAGAGCACAUGUAAAAUCAAUCAGGCUGUUGAAAUAACGCAGCCUGCUGCCUUUCGAAUUAAUGUCUGGGUUCAAGUGGAUGUAUCUAUCAUUAAGCUUCCUUCAAAGCCGCUCACUAGGCAACAGUAACAACAUGAAUGUCUCUGAAGGGGUGUUGUUUUGUCCUACACAGCCUAGUUUGACACAGCAUGCAGUGUUGGCUUGGUGAUUGUCGUUCUACUGGCUAAAAUGCAACUGGUUUAAGAUACGCAGUACGGAAGUUGCACUACAAACCUGGUUUAUAUACGCAAGUGUACUUUGAGUGUGCUCCUACGCCAUAAAACACAAGGGUUUGUUGUCU